UUGUCCCUCUGUGGUUUGAGGGAGCGGUUUGUGAGGCCACAACGUGGUCAGAGAACACGCCGAACGACAGAGGUCAUGGACACUCUUGCGCUGGAGGCCACGCAGCCCAAACGGGCUGCCCCCCCACCCGUGACACCCCCUUCCGCCCCGGUUAAGCGGCCCAAACCUGCCAAGAAAACUAAGAAAGCUGUGGUUUUCUUUGAGGUGGAGAUUCUGGAUGCCAAGACCAAGGACAAGCUUUGCUUCCUUGACAAGGUGGAGCCCAAUGCUACCAUCGGGGAGAUAAAGUCUAUGUUUCACAAGAGCCACCCUCAAUGGUAUCCUGCCAGACAGUCCAUUCGCCUUGAUCCUAAGGGAAAGUCUCUGAAGGAUGAGGAUGUCUUACAGCAGCUUCCUGUCGGAACAACUGCUACUUUCUACUUUCGAGACCUGGGGGCCCAGAUCAGCUGGGUUACUGUGUUCCUGACGGAAUAUGCCGGGCCGCUUGUCAUCUAUCUUUUGUUCUACUUCCGAGUCCCCUUCAUAUACGCCCCCAAGUACGACUUCACCACGAGCAAGCACUGGGUCGUACACCUGGCCAGCAUGUGUCACUCCUUCCACUAUGUGAAGAGGCUCUUAGAGACACUGUUUGUUCAUCGCUUCUCUCACGGAACCAUGCCACUGCGCAAUAUCUUCAAGAACUGCGCGUACUACUGGGGCUUUGCAGCAUGGAUGGCCUAUUACAUCAACCACCCGCUCUACACACCGCCCAUCUACGGCGAGCAGCAGGUGACCCUGGCCCUCGUCAUUUUUCUGUUCUGUCAGAUUGGGAACUUCUCCAUCCACAUCACCCUGCGCAACCUGCGGCCUCCCGGCUCUAAAACGCGGAAGAUUCCUUACCCCACCAAGAAUCCCUUCACUUGGAUCUUCCUGCUCGUGUCCUGUCCCAACUACACAUACGAGCUGGGAUCUUGGGUGAGCUUCACAAUGAUGACCCAGUGCUUGCCUGUGGCCUUCUUCACCUUUGUGGGCUUUGUGCAGAUGACAGUAUGGGCCAAGGGGAAGCAUCGCAGCUACCUGAAGGAGUUCCGCGACUACCCCCCUCUGCGCUCCCCCAUACUGCCCUUCGUCCUGUAGAAGCGCUCCCCAGCCCCCACCCCACUGUCUGCUCGGCAUCCUCCAAUAGCGGCCCCGCACAGCCCCACCACUGCUCCCGUCGGAUUCGCCAUUCCUGGGGCUCUUCAUCCAUUGGCUGUCGAUGCAUCUCUUGGUAUGACCAUCAAUUUCCGUGAGAGGAGGAUCACCGUAAAAUGUCCAUCUCCUAAAACCUACAAAGGCUAACCCAGAAUUGUUAUGACAGUGAUGACUGCUCUGUAGGUAGGACCGGUUUCUAAAAUAAACCAUUUGGAAGUCCAAAUAAAGUUCCGAGUUUGA